AAAAAAAAAAAGAAUGGAGGCGGCGAGUAUGGUAUACAACUAUCCGAGCUGGAACUAUGUUCCUAACAAUCUGUUCUCGAAUAUUCUAUCCGUCGUCAAACUGGCCGCCUUCGCAGUAGGUGCGUGGUAUCUACCGGCGACGGUGACUUCACUGCAUGCGGUUAUGGUUUGGUUCAAUUGGUUACUUGGGGUUCUAAAAAUCCUUCUCAUCUUGUCCGCUGCCGUAGGCGCCAUCUUCUUGGUUUUCGCUUUCCUUCACGAAACCAAAAAGGAACGGGAGCUAUACGAUCAACUUCUCGCCGUCCCCCCGCCCCCUCCUGUAUCGACGUUUGAUAAUUGUAAUAUACUGAAUGGUCAUCAGGAUGUUGGAUAUUAUAACUACUCCGGUUACAGAGAGACUAGUGUGCCGGCGUUUCAAGAGUGUUAUAAGCCGGUUGAGGAGAGUAUUUGUAGUUAUGAUCGAGAGGUGGUUGAGGUGAGUUCGAAGAGUUACCGGAGGACGAGAACGGAGAAGAAGAAGAAGACGGAGGAGAAGGUGGAGUAUCGGAGGAUGGAAACGGAGAGAGUGACGAAAACGGCGUCGCGGAGGUCCAAGAAGAUGGAUGUUUGAGCAACGAGGACUUUCGUAUGACGGUGGAGACUUUUAUCAUGGAGAGGAAGAAGUCGCUCCUCCAAGAAAGGGAUCCAUGGCAAAACGGUU